CGAGCGGAGGCCCGUCCCGUCGCGGCCCGCCAUGUCGUCGGCCCCGUCCGGUCGCCCCCUGAGGGCGUUCGGGCAGGCGGUGCUGGGGCCCCCGGGCUCGGGCAAGAGCAGCUACUGCGCGCGCGUGCGUGAGGCGCUGGCGGGCCUGGGCCGGCCGGUGUCGGUGGUGAACCUGGACCCGGCCAACGAGGGCCCGCCCUACCCGUGCGCCGUGGACGUGGGCCAGCUGGUGGCCCUGGGCGACGUCAUGGCCGCGCUGGGGCUGGGCCCCAACGGCGGCCUGCUCUACUGCAUGGACUACCUCCGCGACCACCUGCCCUGGCUGCGGGCCCGCCUGGACGCCCUCCCCGGACACUACUUCCUCUUCGACUGCCCGGGACAGGUGGAGCUGGGCACCCACCACGGCGCCCUCAGGGACGUCUUCGCCCGAAUGGCCGGCUGGGGCCUCAGGCUGGCCGCCGUCCACCUGGUGGACUCCCACUACUGCACGGACCCGGCCAAGUUCAUCUCCGUCCUCUGCACCUCGCUGGCCACCAUGCUGCACGUGGAGCUGCCCCACGUCAACCUCCUGUCCAAGAUGGACCUCAUCGAGCAGUACGGGAAGCUGGCCUUUAACCUGGAUUACUACACCGAGGUCCUGGAUCUCUCCUACCUCGUCGACCACUUGGCCUCCGACCCUUUCUUCCGACGUUACCGCCGCCUCAACGAGAAGCUGGUGCAGUUGAUCGAGGACUACAGCCUGGUUUCCUUCAUCCCCCUCAACAUCCAGGACAAGGAGAGCAUCCGGCGGGUCCUGCAGGCCGUGGACAAAGCCAACGGUUACGGCUUUGGGGCCCAGGAGCAGCGCAGCCUGGAAGCCAUGAUGUCCACCGCCAUGGGGGCAGAUUUCCACUUCUCCUCCACGCUGGCCGUCCAGGAGAAAUACCUGCAGCCGCCGGAACGGGAAGACGAGGAGCCGUAGAGGCCGUGGUGGGCCGAACGGAGGCACCGUCUCGGGAGUCCGGAAGGACCGGGACCGGACGGCGGGGUCAGGAGUGUCCGGGGCGGGCGAGGAGCCGGCCGGCCGCCCUCCACGCCCGCACGGCUGCUGGUGGAUCCUCGGGGGGUGGCACCAGCCUUCCGUCCCUCCCCAACUCUCCAUCCCUCCCCCCAAUACACGCUCCUUUCUAUCUGGCCGAAA